AUGAUUGAUUCCAUCGAUAAUUUAAAUGUGGCUGAUGAUGAAGAAGAAAAAGUAAAUUGGAGGGUUAAUUAUAUUAAAUUAUUACUUCAUAAGCGGGCUUUGACUUUGUUAGUCAAAUCGUCAAAUUAUGAUAUUUUUAUGAGCCAUAAAUUAUCACCUUUGAUUUUAAAAGCGAGGCCGCAAAAGAAUAUCUUCGAGCAAAUUAAUGAAGUAAAAGGUGAAAAUGUUAAAGGGCAAGCUUGA